AGUUUAGGUUAUAAAGGUUAGUGCUAUAUUAGGAAUCUGGUCACACUGUGUUCUGUAUUGUUCGGAGAAGGAAAGAAAGCUCAGAAGCACAUCAGGAGGGCAGUUCAACCCAUCUAGGAUUCAGAAAUCACCCUUAGGUGCUUAACAGCCUUCAUCAAUAAGAGGUUUGCAUCCCGUGAAGUGCUGAUUUAUGUUGGCAGGUAAAACUGAACUUGGGAGCUUUGAUAAAAUACUAAAUGGUAAGAUGUAUUCUACUCCAAAUCUAAACUAAUCUCUGUGAGAUUACGUUCACUAGCAAGAACAUUUAGGCUGCAAUUCUAAGUUCAAAAGGAUGUAUCUUAGAAUAAGAGGAAUAUUACCUGGAGGAAUGUAUUUUUCUUCAAUAAUUACAGAGGGAGUUUUCAGUGACAAGUGUAGUCAAACCUGCCUACUUAGAGCAUCUCCAUCUCCUUAUGGCUAGAACUGUUGUUUGUUUCUAGGAGGCAUUUUUGGAAUCAGAGUUGCAUAAAGAAAACCAAAAGACUGAUAAGGAAUAAUGUGCAAUUCACAGAGGAGCCUCCUUAGAUACAAUGGAGAGGCCUUCCUUGGAAAUUAACCUGCCUGAUACGCAUGAAGAAGGAAAGCUUUAUGUAGUUGAUUCCUUAAACAACCUAAACAAGCUAAAUGUUUGUCCAGAUGAAUCCCAGCAUUCACUAGAUGAGGAGGAGAACGCUGGUGGCACUGGAGAAAACAUGGCAGGGAGCAACACAGGAAAUCAGUGUUUGUUCUUCAUCACUUUUAUUCUUACUUUGAUCAUCAGUUUGGCACUUGUUUCAUUUGUAAUAUUCUUAAUAAUUCAAACUAGAAACAAGAUGGACCAAAUAUCAAGCAGACUACUAUCUGAAAAGAAGAACAUAGAAGAGCUGAAGAGAAUUAACAAUAUUUUAUUAAAGCAUCUAAAUCAAUCAGGAAUUAAGGCUAAGUCUUCUGAUCUCCAUGAUUACCUAUUAACCCACGCUGAACUCAAAGUCCCUGGAGAAUAGAUUUUCUUUGGAAUGAAAUUUAGCAUAUUCAUGACUCAGAUAUUUUUACAUAUGUCACACAGGUUGCUUAAGCAUUCUGAUAUGGUCACCGGAGCAUUGGAAAAGCCAACUGAAUGAAAAAUAUUAGAAAAUAAUAUUUUAUCCUGGUUUAUUUGGACGUAGAUUUUUAAAACUAAGCCCAUAGGAGUCACAAUAAACAACAGAUUGUCAACAA